AUGCCUGCGCUGCGGUCUUCGAGUCAAGACUAUGCCCGUCAGACGUCCACGAAUGCCUCCACGCAGACCAAACGAAGCUCAAGGUCAAUACCCUCAGUUUUAAAGAAAUAUGGGACAGGAUACAUGUCACAGAAUCGACCUCUCUCAAAAUGCAAUUCAACGAGCAGCUCAUCCCCUUCCGCUGCAAAUAUUGCACCAGCGGAGAUCUUACUGGAGAUUUUCUCCAUGCUGACACCGCGGGACUUCGACAAUGCCCGACGGACAUGCUCACAGUGGAUGCGGAUUAGCUUAAAUCACAAGCUACUUGAGAAUAUGUUGAAAAGAGCAGGGUGGUGGGAUGCAUGGCUACAAGACCGCCAAGCGCCACGCAUCUCCCGGUCAGAUGAGAGUGAGGUCUGGAGAAUGAGCCGCCGCUUUGCGACAGAAUGUCUCCUUUCGGGGCGAAAGUCGAAUGUCGAGAAGCCAGGUUUUUUGACUACGCUUGUGGUAGACUUUUCAAGUCUGUCUGAUUCUGCGAGAAGACAAUCCCGCACUCGACUUCAAUCGGUUUUGCAGAUGGCCGAAGGGAAAGGGUCGGGGGUGUCAACUUUCAGCAUCAGCAGUUGCAGCAACUACCUGCUCGUGACGACAGACUGCAUGAUCUAUAUUUAUUCUCUUUUCGGUCGAAACUCUAGGCCAACAUCUGCAACACACUUCGGCCAUGAUGACUUGGCGCUAGUCUCGCGCAUCUCUUGUCCGUUCGAUAUUCUCUCAGCCACCAUCGACACCAGCAAGCCCCAAUUCACCAUCGCUGCAUUGCUUUGCAACCGCGUUGGCAUGGUCUGCAACAUGGAUAUGGCUUGGGCCAAAGAUUCAGCUACAAAGGGAUCUCAUUCCAAUAGCAGAGCCACCUCAUCCCGCCACUUCUUCUACAACAUCUGCACUGUAGACAACCCACCCCGAACGGUUGCUCUAUGUCCCGGCAGGCCGAUAGUCGCCUUCGGCUGCGCCGCGGGCAUCGAAAUCCACAGCGUGAACGAAACAAAGCGCAAUGAACAACGCAAACACUUCACCCUCCCCCAACCCUCCGAAAUCCUUCAUUUCCUCCCAAGUAGUUCAGAAACCCCCAACGAACUACGUCUCAUUUCCUCACUAUCCGGACCUGGCUUCCACGAAUGCAAGUGCCCUCCCUCGCCCUCCCCUUCAUCUUCAUCCUUCUCGGAAUCAUCACCAAAACUCGACCCAAAAAGCAACCAAUUCCAUUUCCUCGCAGAUAUCCAGUCCUUCAACCGCCGCCGCAUUCCCCACGCCCCAUCCCGCAGCUUCGUCCGGGCAACACACUGCCACCACUAUCGUGCCGUUCCCAUUAACGACGGCUUCCACAUCAUGUUCAUCGAGCCGCGCACAAGCCUACUAUGUAUCGGUACCGACGCUCCAAUCGGCGGGCCAACAAGCCUAACUCGCGCGUUCGUCUGCAUUCCGCCGGCUUUCUCAAAUACCCAAGACCGACAGUUCAAGACACCACCCCCAUCCCCAUCAAACACAACUCCGCCUCCAGCAGGCCUCCCAGUCCCAACAACCUUUACCGCGGGCUCCGACCUCCGCUGGGGUCUCCGCGUUGUCGCAGCCUAUGGCGACCGCCUCGUGCUGUACUCCAUUCCCUUGGACGUAUUCAACGUGAUUCGCAAAGAACGUGAACGGCAAUGCGAUGGGGUAAUGGGAUCCAGCGAUCUCCCGCUCGACUGGUACGUUGACUCUGAGCGAUCCCGCAAGCGCCGCGAGAGUCUGGUGCAGAACCAGAAUGGGGAUUGGGAGUUCCUUUUGUCUGUCUCCUAUCGGCCUACGGCUAUGAUGUGGCCGUUUAAGAUCUAUGGCAAGGAGAUUGGGUCAGUUAAGGGGACUGUGGAGCUUGCUUUGCAGUCUUCCGAGGGUGGUGUUAGGGUUUGGGCUUUUGGAGAGGAUGGAAAAGGCACGAUUUUGGAUGUUGAUACUGGUGAUACUCCUACUCGGUCUCUUGGUGUUGGUUCUGGUGGGGGAUUGGAGGAUCUUGGUAUCGUCCCUCGAGCUGGUUUGGGUGGACUGCAGGGUUCAAGGAAGCGGAAGUUCGAGGAGGUGAAUGGGUUUGCGGGUCGAUAUGGUGCUGGUCGCUAUUUGGGAGAUGUCAAGCCUUGUGGUGCUGGUGUUCACGGUAUACAUCAGGAUCCGUCUGUUCGGCGUUCAUCUUUUGCAGCUUGCAUUAUAGAUUUUAAGAUUCCCUUGUAUUAA